AGUCCAACCUCAUAAGCUGGUGUGGAGUCCAGGGAACCACAACUCUGACUUGCUGCGAGACCGAGAACGAUGAAUCCUGUUUACCCAAAUGCACCUCUCCAGGGUGAGGCUGUUCCGCUGCAGGGGGGACCAUAUCCCACGUACCCCGGACAGUUUCAUGGGCCCACAGCUGCAGGAGGUCAACACAACUUUGUCCUCCAAUCUGAGCCCCCCAGGGACCACAUCAUCUGGUCCAUCUUCUGCUUUUUUUACUCCAACCCAUUCUGCCUGGGACUGGCAGCUCUCGUCUUCUCCAUCAAGUCCAGAGACCGGAAGAUGGUCGGAGAUCUGGAAGGCGCCCGUCACUACGGCUCCACUGCUCGCUGUCUCAACAUUGCAGCCACAAUCAUAGUGUGCAUCACAGCUCUCAUUGUCAUUAUUGUCGUUGCUGUUGUUGCAAGUCAAGUGUCUUAUACAUAUGGAACAGGGUAUCAAGGAAAAUAAAUGUUGUCUUCAUUACAACUUGAAAUU